AUGGGAAACUUCAACAAUAUACUUGAAUCCAAGUCUCUUAAGGAUAAGUAUAUAGAAAUCCACAAGCUACUUGAGCAUACUAUACGAGAUAAUGAGGGCCAUUCCAUUAUGAUCAUUGGCCCUCGGUCCUCCGGAAAGACUUCACUUGUGAACGCAGCCUUGGCCGAUAUGGAAACCAAGUAUGGGGGACAGUAUAUCGUAUUCAAGUUGAAUGCUUUUAUCCAUUCAGACGACAAUUCGGCUUUGAGAGAAAUAGCCAAGCAAUUGGAUAAUAACUUGAACCGGAAUAUGGACCAAAACACUGUGACAGACGAGUUGCAGACGUUUGAACAACGGUCUAUCAGUGACACAAUGAAUAUCAUCUUGAAUACCCUCAACAAAAGAAAUGAAGAGAAACCACUUUUGACUGGUAGAUUGCAGUCCGAAGAAAACCCGGAAGAAAAACUCUCGUUAAUCUUCAUUAUAGAGGAGUUUGAAAAGUUCACAGAUAACAAUAAGCAAACGCUCUUGUACAACUUGUUCGACUCCUCCCAGAAUAGCUCGGUGCCUAUUUGUGUUGUCGGUAUUUCGAGCAAGAUUAUUACCAGAGAAUUGCUCGAAAAAAGAGUCAGAAGUAGGUUUUCACAAAGAAUGAUAUCCAUUAAUAAACCAAAUACGCUCGAAGAAUUUUGGGCAAACGCAAGGCUAGCAUUGACAUUAAAUGACAAUAAAAUCGAGGAGUUGACUGAUAAAGCUUUUGGUCGCGAAUGGAACAGCCACGUUGAUCAUCUUUUUCAUUCUAGCACUGUUUUCAAAAGAAUGCUCUAUCAAAAUUACUACACAGUAAAGAACUAUAAGGAUUUCAAUAACGCAUGCAUAUUUCCAAUGUCUAAAAUAACCACCGAAUCUCCAUUUCUACAAGAUAAGCAUUUUCAAAAGUACAUUCAGAAUCAAUCCACAAACCAUACGCAGGAGCUCGUCAAAUCGUUAUCUUCUUUGGAGUUGUUAUUGACUAUCGCUGCUGCAAGGUGGGUUGAGAAACACGAUCUCCAGGUCAUAAACUUCAAUUUGGCCUAUAAAGAAUAUGAAGAUAUGAUGAAAGGAUUCAACGUAAAUUCUACUUCCACGGUUGCUUCUGCCAAUAAUUUCGAUAGUAAGGUCAUCACCAACAUCAAGAUCAACCAAAAGAUUUGGUCCGCCAAUGUGUUGAAGAACAACUGGGAGAUAUUAUAUAAAUUGGGUCUAUUAUUGGAUUCCACUGGAUUAACUACCAAUAAUGAUGGUCAUAUUAUCACCAAUAUUAAUUUAAACAAGAACUUGAUUAUUGAGGAGAACAAAAUGGUACAAUUGGAUGUAUCUUUGGAUGAGCUAGGCAAUUUAAUCGACGAUCUGAACGUCUACAAGAAAUUGACCAGAUUGUGA